AUGAUGCCUUCGUUGUCGCAUCUAUUGCUGGGUGCCGCGUUGUGUCUGGCCCGGCUGGCCACGGCGCGUCCCGAAGAUGGCCUCCCUUCCUACCACUACCUCGCACCCAUCCACGUAGAGUGCAUGAAUCGAAGCUCGGAAACAGGUGAACACAUCGAAAACUCCAACCACGAAAUCGAAUGGAUCCCCUUCCCUGUCUGCGAAGAGACGAACAAGCCCCUCGAGUUCCAAUACGGUCACGAAGGCGAAUUGAAUUGCACCAUUCCCAUGAUCACCGACCCUUUCUUCCAUCUCCUCGAGUUCUACAUCCACAACGAUGCGCCGCUCUCGUGUCGCCUGCCCGCCCGCCCUGCGCCCCAUGUCGAGGUCAUCGGCGAGAAGCCCUACGUGCAGGAAUACAUUCCCCUCGUCUUCGCCCUCGCCGGCACGCUCCAGCUGAGCCACCUGCACGUGAGCACGCAUAUGAACGUGCUGCUGCACAGCAUGCCGAAGCACCACACCCGGCCCCACGACUCUGGCGUUCUAGAUUCCGGCACAGCAUACAGCACGAGUCCGCUGAGUCACAUGGACGGAUCGUUUACGAAGAGGCUUGUUAUCGGCGACCCGUUACCUCUGCGAUUAUCCGUGAGGUGGUUUCCGACACCGAACUUGCCCAAGACGGAAGGACACGUCGAGUGGCAGGGUAUGGGCGGGCACAUUUACGCGAGUACCGUGUUUUACAUCAUGACCUCCUUCAUGGCUGGCGUCCUUGUUGCGGGAACGUACUUUUUCGGCGUCGUCUUGCCUAAGAGGUUGAAAGGGAGGGGACUUGGCGGCGCGACGCCCUUGGGACACGGGUUGAACGGUAUUGGCAACGGGUGGGGAUACUCCAAAGUGUCCAAGCGAAUGGACUGA